AUGUCGUUCCCUGUGGAUAUAUUGGACAAUUACAGUCAUGAGGACUUGGAGAACUCAGCAGAGGACUACCUCUUUGACCUUCGGUGGGGGAAAUCAAAUUCUUCUGAAUUCUUUUCUCUGCCAGACCGCCGCAAGGUUCCUAUUAGCUUGACAUCUGUGGGCUUCGUUCCUCUUUAUGGUGAAGAGCAGACACACAAAGUUCUUGCACUGUUUGCACCAUGGGACUCGCUCACAGCUGUAGCCCUGUAUCUUGCUGACCAGUGGUGGUCAAUUGAUGACAUUGUGAAAACAUCUGUCCCUGCUAGACAGGGGCUUCAUCAGGUGAAGUCUGUUGGAGAGAGAGUUGUUCUCUAUGUUCUGAAUCGAAUUAUCUAUCGAACACAAGAAAUGGAAAGAAAUGAGACCCCCUUUCUCUGUCAUGGUAGCAACCAUUAUGCUAAGAUCAUGUGGAAAAAAGGAGAGGCUAUUGGGUUCUAUUCUGUUAAACCUACAGGAAGUGUUUGUAGCUCUCUUCUUAAACAGAAAUGUAAGUUGCCAGUGUUAGACACAAUGUUUGUUAGAAAGAAACAUCGUGGGAAAGACUCUGGGCUAAUGAUGUUGGAAGAUUUUGUGGAUUCUUUUACUGAAGAACCUCUUGGCCUACGAUAUCCACUGUCAUCCUUCAUGUAUACAGCUUGUAAGCAAUACCUUGAGAAGUACCCUGGGGAUAAAAACCUUUUGUGGCAAGUGGAAGGAGCAGGAGAUUGGUUCCAGAGAAAGUCUAUUAUGUCUAUAGUGCAAAAGGAAGAUCUCAGAAUUAAAGAGGCCUCGAAGAAAGAAAAUAAGAAUUUGCAAGCAGAGGAUAAUUUUUGUCAGUCUGCAGUAUCUGAAGCAAGUGGACCAAGGACUGUGGUAGAAACACAGCUAAGUGCUGACUCUCAAAAAGGUAAAGAAUCAACAGAUGUCCAUGCAAGCACAUCUGAAGACCCUAAUGUAACUCAUGCUUCCAUCUGGACACGAAGCAGUAACUUAAAACGUCAGAGGCUAAAUAAAAAUAGACAGGAACCUGGACUUGAAACUUCUCAACGAGAUGAGGAAAAUGCUGUUCAAGUGUCCAAAAGCAGGCCGGAACUUCUUGCCCACACAUCUGAAAGCUCUGAAGACUUAGUAGAAGUGCCUAAGGUGGAUACUGUUGAGAAGGAUGAGGAAAUAAUUGUUGAAAACGAGGGCCAGUCUGUAUUAGAAGCGGAAAUGCAUGUAUCACCCUCUGAAAAACAAAGUGAGACGGAGGAAAUGCCAUCAGAACCUCUUAAUGGUGAGGUAGCUGAAGAAACUGGUAAGACCUCACUCGUGGCUGAAGGGGAGACAGGAAAUGAAGUUCCAAGUGGAGAAUCAAAAUUGCUGUCUGAGAAUCAAGGAAAAGAACCUGUAACACAGUUUUUUCCAUUAACCCUUGAUGCUCCAGCAAAACCUUCAGAAGACAUUGAAUCAGAGAAGGUUUUAAAUGAAAAUGAUUCAGAAAUGCUGACUGAAGAAGCUACAUCUGUAGAGAAGGAGGGCACUGAAGAACAGCAAGAAUCUGAAAAGGCCAGCACUGAAAAUGCAGCUGCUUUGGCAUCAAAGGAAGAGCCUUCUGACAAUGGCCUGCCCAACUCUGUGGUAGCUGAAGCCACAGAAGAAUCUGUUUCUGAAAACUUACCUUCCUCAUUAGAAGAUCAAAAUGAGGAAGCAGGGCAUAACGCACAGGAGGCCUCUGCUGCCUUGAGUCAGAGCUCUUUGGUAAUGGUUGAACUUGAGGGUGCUUCUUUUCAGCAACCUUCUGGACAGGAAGCACAGAAGAACCAGUUGGAAGAGCCCUCAGAAGAGCCUACAGAGCAGACGGAUCACUACACACAGACAGUGGCAGAGCGGGCUGCUGACAGCAGCUCUGAGGAAGCAGAAAUUGAGGUACCCAUUGUAGAUCGGAGAAACUUGCGAAGAAAGGCCAAAGGCUACAAAGGUCCACCCAAGAAAAAAGGAAAGCCAGCUUAA